GCCGCCGGCACCGGAGAGGCGCGGCUGCCGGCGCGGGCUGCGGGAGCCGGGCCGCGGCGGGCGCCCGGGCGGGGUAGCGGGCUCUGCCGCCUCGGCCGGCUGGUCCCUGCGGCGGCUGCCCGGAGGCCUGGGCGCGCGGCCCUUCGCCAUGUACACCUUCGUGGUGCGCGACGAGAACAGCAGCGUCUACGCCGAGGUCUCCCGGCUGCUCCUCGCCACCGGCUACUGGAAGAGGCUGCGGCGAGACAACCCCAGGUUCAACUUGAUGUUGGGAGAGAGGAACCGGCUGCCCUUCGGGAGACUGGGUCACGAGCCCGGGCUGGUACAGUUGGUGAAUUACUACAGGGGUGCCGACAAACUGUGUCGCAAAGCUUCUUUAGUGAAGCUAAUCAAGACAAGCCCAGAACUGGCUGAGUCCUGCACAUGGUUCCCUGAGUCCUAUGUGAUUUAUCCAACCAAUCUCAAGACCCCAGUUGCUCCAGCACAAAAUGGAAUUCAGCCACCGAUCAAUAACUCAAGGACGGAUGAAAGAGAAUUCUUCCUCGCUUCUUAUAACAGAAAGAAAGAGGAUGGGGAGGGCAACGUUUGGAUUGCAAAGUCAUCAGCUGGUGCCAAAGGUGAAGGCAUUCUCAUCUCCUCAGAGGCUUCAGAGCUUCUCGAUUUUAUAGACAACCAGGGCCAAGUGCACGUAAUCCAGAAGUAUCUUGAGCACCCUCUGCUGCUUGAGCCAGGUCAUCGCAAGUUUGACAUUCGAAGCUGGGUCUUGGUGGAUCAUCAGUAUAAUAUCUACCUCUAUAGAGAGGGUGUGCUUCGGACUGCUUCAGAACCGUAUCAUGUUGAUAAUUUCCAAGACAAAACCUGCCAUUUGACCAAUCACUGCAUUCAAAAAGAGUACUCAAAGAACUAUGGGAAGUAUGAAGAAGGAAAUGAAAUGUUCUUCAAGGAGUUCAAUCAGUACCUAACAAGUGCUUUGAACAUUACCCUAGAAAGUACCAUCUUACUACAAAUCAAACAUAUAAUAAGGAACUGCCUCCUGAGCGUGGAACCUGCCAUUAGCACCAAGCACCUCCCUUACCAGAGCUUCCAGCUCUUCGGCUUUGACUUCAUGGUGGAUGAGGAGCUGAAGGUGUGGCUUAUUGAAGUCAACGGUGCCCCUGCUUGUGCUCAAAAGCUCUAUGCAGAACUGUGCCAGGGCAUCGUGGACAUAGCCAUUUCCAGUGUCUUCCCACCCCCAGACGUGGAGCAGCCGCAGACCCAGCCAGCUGCCUUCAUCAAGCUGUGACGCAGGGGCACUCCCAGCUGCCUUGGCAAGAGCACGGGGUCCUGCUCCAGGGGACGGUGAAAUGACUGGAUUGCUCUUUAUCCAGCCACAGUGGGGGAAAGAAAGGCAACUUCACAAAGAUGGGAUGGAAGAAGGCAUGUGAGCAGAAGAGGCGACUCUCGAAGAGGGGGUUGCUCAGGGGGGCUUCCCGGGUGGAGCUCUCGGCAAUGCUGUUGAGACUUUUGAAAACUGAAGCAAAUGUCUCUGAGAAGAGAACAAAAUAUUAUUCUUGGGGGGGAAAGCAGGGAUUUAUCUUUCUAUAUUCUCAUCCUUUAAAACAACUUUGUACACAAAGGCAGCCUUGUGAGCAGAGCCCCUUCCCCUCUCCCCGGGAACAGCAGGGCACUGGGACCUCUGGUCGGUGCCUCCCACCCACUGCAGCCCUAGUGCCUUAGCUCCAUGCCCGGCUGCAGCCCCGCUGCUCUGGGCCAUGGAUUGAACUUCAGAGCAUUUUGGAAGUUGCCUGCGUGUUCCCCGCCCAUCCGCUUCAUAACACUCUGCUACACCAAGCUCUGGACAAGCAUGCACCAACAGUCCUUAGUUUUGUGCUGGGCGCUGGCCUCUCGGCGAAGGUGGUCCCUCAUCACCUUCCUGAUGGUGUUUGGUCAGUCACCUGUCAGGGUUUGUGCGGGUUGGGCCCUAAACAGCAUAUGCUGCUCUAAGUCUGCUCUCUGCAUGUUUUAGAAACAAAGUGGCAAGUCUGCCCUGAACCUGUAAGCAUCAAAUAAGCAUGAGAGAGAAAAAACAUGAUAUAUUGCUUUACUUGAUAGGUUGAAUGUGGUAGGUCUUUCAAAAUAUGAUGAUUCAGUUUUUUUCUUUGUUUUAACCAGAAUUCUAAAUGCAAGUUUGCUGAGUUCCCUUUU